AUGUCAUCCACAAAUAACAUCGCCUUCACCGCCCCAAUCAACCCACUAGGGGUAACGCCCGUGCUUACCCCAGAACAGAUCUGGAACGGACUUCUCCUCAAGAUCCGAUCCGCAGAGACCUUUGUCCCAGCAGCGAUUCAGUCCACAAAGGUCGUCAAUGAGUUCGUCGAUCCAUCAACUGGCAACUCGGUCGUCGUUCGCGAAGUCCUGUUUCGCGAAACGCAAAAGACUGUGCAGGAGACUGUCACAGCGUUCGAGACUACCCGGGUGGAAUUUGUACAGCCGGAUGGAAGCAAGAUCAGCAAUGUGGUCAGUGCUGGAGCCGGUGAUGAGCUCUACAUGACAUAUGUAUUCGAGUGGAGACAUCCUGACGUGUCAAAGGAGGAGUUGAGAGCGCUAUAUGAGAAGGAGAAGAAGAUGAGCCAGAUGGCGGUUGAAGGGACGAUCAAGGUGUUGAGACAGUUGGUUCAAGAGAAGAAGCUUUGA